AUGGGUAGUCGAGAGCUGUGUAUUGAGGCACUGAAUGCAGGGAUACAGCCUCCAAGCUUUAAGGAUCUCCUACUUCCUGUAUCAAACCCGGCAGCAAAUGCGAAAAAACGAAACAAGAAGAAGAAGAGGCAAAAAGCGAAGAAGCAAGCAGAGGUUUCCGCCGGCGCCCCUGGCAUGUCUGAAGAUGAAGGGCUGAGCAAAAUCGAGCAGCUUUCUAUGCAUCCAGCCUUAGACAAGUUGAUGGCCGAAAAGGAUAAAGAGUAUAUGGAAUAUAGGAGAAACAUCGAAAGUAAUUUUACGGCUUCCCCUAACGGGUCUUCGCAAUAUUAUCCAUCGCUUGAUGACAUGAAUGCAAUUUCUUCAACAGACUGGCAAUUUACAUUGGAAUCGAAUGCUGCCGCUGAACCUUCUGAUGAAUGCAUAAUCUCUUCUUCUCAUAUUGUUGAUGAAGCAGAAUUUCCCAUCCAUUUUCCAACUUUGGAGGAAGCUGCUUCGUCUUCCAACAUGUCGGCAAACUCUGUACAAAAUAACAUGUCAUCCUUUCCUCCGAUAGAACCUAUAUUGCCUCUCCCUACAUCUACAUCUUCAAAGAAGAAAAAGAAGAAGAAGAAGAAAUCAAAAAAUGCGAAUCCGGUCACAAUUGAACCCAUCGAUUCACAGACAGAUGCGCAGGAUGAUUUCCCGAGUCAAGAUCAAUCUUGCUAUGAUAAUGCAGAUCAGCAUGGAUUUUCAUCUUUUCCAAAUACUGAUUUUGGCAAACCUAAAGACAAGAUCUGGGCAGCCUCCAAUACCGAAGAGCGUGAACAGAUUCGUGAAUUCUGGUUGUCUCUCAGCGAAGUUGAAAGGCGAUCGCUUGUAAAAGUAGAGAAGGAAGCUGUUUUGCAAAAAAUGAAAGAGCAACAAAAAUAUUCUUGUUCUUGCUCUGUAUGCGGUAGAAAACGCCUUGCAAUUGAGGAAGAACUGGAAGUAUUAUACGAUGCUUACUAUGAGGAGUUGGAGCAAUAUGCAAAUAUUCAACGUAAUCGUGCUUUGAUGCAACAUUCUAAUGCACUUGAUGAGAUUACCGCUCCCAUUACUUCUCCACCCCAUGUUGAAAUAAAUGAAAUAGUUGACAAAGAAGAGUCAGAAAAAGAUAUUGGUUUCCAGACAGAGUCGGAAACCCCUGAGGGAAGUAUAGGGGAAGACGUUUUUCACCAAAAUGAUGUCUCUGUCGAAGAUGGUGAAGAGCUCUCUGUUGACAAAAAGGUUUCUGCUUUUACUGAGCAAUUUGAUUCAAUAGACGUUGAUGCAAAUCAAGUGGAAAAUCUUCCUUAUACCCCUAUGGAUCCUUCUCGACAUCACGAAAAAAAUAGUUAUCAUGCAGAUCUGUAUAAUUUCGGAAGCAGUCUUACUGUUAAGGGUGGUAUUUUGACGGUUGCUGACGAUUUGUUGAAAAACGAUGGCAAAAAGUUCAUUGAAAUGAUGGAGCAAUUAGCUGAACGUCGCAUGCAACGGGAGGAUAAUAGUACCUUUCAUGAACCGGAAAUGUAUGACAGUGGUAUAGAGUACGAUGAAAACGAAGACGAAGAGGAUGAAGAUAUUGAGGAAGAAGAUGAAGAUGAGCUUGAUUUGAUGACCGACGAACAAAGGAUGGAAGAAGGAAGGAGGAUGUUUCAAAUUUUUGCCGCUAGACUCUUUGAGCAGAGAGUGUUACAAGCUUAUCGGGAAAAGGUUGCGCAACAACGGCAGGCAAAACUUCUUGAAGAAAUCGAAGAGGAAAAUCGACGGAAACAAGAACGAGAGCUCAGGAAGUUAAAGGAAAAGGAGAGAAAGAGGGAUAAAAAGAAACAGCAGAGACUUGCCAAAGAAGAAGAACGGCAGAAACGUGAAGCUGAACGAUUGGCUGAGGAGACUGCACAGAAAGCAUCUGAAGCCAAAAAGGCUGAAGAAUCUCGCAAACGAAAAGAAGAACAGCGUUUGAAGAAGGAAGAAAAAAAGCGACUGCAGGAUUUGGAGCGUCAAAGAAAAGAGGAGAGACGGAGAAUGGAAGCAGAAGAACGACAGAAACAAAAAGAGCAGGAGAAAAAAUUAAAGAAGCAGCAAGAAGAGGAACGGCAAAACGCGCUCUUGGAACAGCAGUUGCGUUUACAAGAAAUAAAGGAACAAAAGCUUCGUCAAAAAGAGCUUGAAGAGGAAGAGAAACGGCGAAACAAAGAAGAGCAGGAGAAUCUAUCGCUUGCACGUACGAAGGAGGUGGAAGAGGCAGAACAAAGAUUACGUGAAGCCAAAAUAGCUGCCUUUUUCGCACCGUCAAAAGAAGAUGCUAUCAGCGUUGCUUCUCAUCCUCCCUCCCUUCCUCAGGGUUUACCGAAUGCUUAUUUGCAAAAAGAGCCACACCUUUCCCCUUCUGGUGCUUCAUCUACUACGCCAAACUUACAUUCGAUACAAUCAAGAGAAGUGAAUACUCUUCCAUUUGGAACACCUCAACCUAAGCCGAUAUAUCAGAAUCCUGUUUUGCUUCCCGAAAGGCUGACACCUUCACCAAGCUUCGUAUCCUCUUCUUCUUUUUCUUCUCCACUUAAUAUACCUAAUAGUUCUCUUUGUAUAGAUAAUAAUGGAAGAUCGAGGCAAUUUAGUACCGGUACCCCGAAUUUGCUGAAUCCCAAUCGGAAUUCUAAUGGUCUAUACUCUCCCGUCUCUCUUUUAAAUAAUCACGGUUCUUUUGGUUUGAGUCCCGGCACUCGCAACUCGCUAGGCCAAACGGCUUCUGUGCAUUAUCCUCGAUUUUCAAACUGUAUAUCCCCUUUAAGUAGGAAGCUUUCUAGUAGCAAUACUCCGCCAUUAUUAUCAAGGUUGAAUUUGGUUUCAAAUGCUCAACAAAACCCAUCAGAAUUGAACGGUAUGGCAGGAAAUCACGCAUCUAACAUGGAUAUGGCUACGUCGAAAGAAACAUUGAUGGGGUCUUUUGGAACGGAAGCUUUAGGAUUGGGAUCUCCGACUCCUAUGCGCAGUAGACCCACACCUAUUCGGCGGCCGAGUCAAAACAAUCCCCUGUUAAUGAAGAAGCCGCUUAAGGAGGAAAGAGUGGGUAGUCGUGCUUUAUUAGACGAAAACUCGGAUACAGUUUUGUCUCAAAACCCGGCGUUGGGUGCGUCCUAUGACGGAUUGAACAGACGAGGAAGUCAAGGAUAUGCAAAGUCUUUGAAUUAUUCUAGCUGGAAUUCGCCUAACAAUACCUCGUUUUACAAUCCGCUCUCUAGUGGCCCAUGGAGUUCAGCGCUGGGCGCUUUUACUCCGAAUAGUUUGACAACAGACGCUCCACGGGGGCAAUACACAUGGGCAAAUAAAGGAUGA